AUGUCUCCAUACCAGUUAGUCUAUGAUAAGGCUUGUUAUUUGCUAGUGGAGUUGGAGCACAAAGCAUAUUGGGCAGCAAAGUUCUUGAAUUUCGAUGCCAAGGUUGCAGGAGAGAAAAUGCUACUCCAGCUAAAUGAGCUUGAUGAGUUCAAACACUUUGCCUAUGAGAAUGUCAAGCUCUACAAGGAAAGGGCCAAAAAGUGGCAUGAUAGAAAGAUAGCUUCAAGAGUAUUUGAGCCUAGACAGAAGGUUUUGCUAUUCAAUUCUCGGCUCAAGCUCUUUCUUGGGAAGCUUAAGUCUAGAUGGUCUGGACCCUUUCUGGCCACUGGAGUGUCACCCUAUGGUCAUGUGGAACUUCAAGAUAGGAAUUUAGACAGCAAAUUCAUAGUCAAUGGCCAGCGAGUAAAACAUUAUCUUGGAGAUGAGAUUGAUCAUCAGAGAUCCACUCAUUUGCUGACAUGGCAGAUGUGA